AUGCCAGAACGGCGAGGAGAAUCCACCGGUUGGAGCUUCGAUGCCAAGUUGCAGGCAAAGGCGUCGCCGUCUUCCUCCACGGCGGGGACGGACUGCGCAGCGUCGACUACCCACUCGAGUUCAGGUGAAUGCAACCCGUGCAUCUUCUUUGCAAGCUCUGCGGGGUGCCAUAAAUCUGCGGGUUGUACGUUUUGCCACAUCCAUCCAGCAAGGAAGGACGGUCCGUCAAGACGUGCGCGAAAGCAAACUCGCGACAAAUACAAGAGCCAGGUGAUCCAGCUGUUGGCGGGAAAUCGAGAGGAGCGGGAGGCUCAGCAAGAGGAGCUUCAGAAGCUCGCGAACGGCAAUUGGUUUGUGCGCUCAUACGCAUUAGCCUGCCUGAAUGGCCAUGAAAAC